UAUAAAGAAUGAAGAAAAUGGCGAAAAUGACAGAGCAGAACCAGUCAAGAAAAAAAUUAAUAGAGGAACCAAAGGAACCAACUAAGAAAAGAUGCCAAUAACAAAACGUUGCUGUGUGCCCGGCUGCCAUUGGGGAAAGGGCCCUAAAGCCACCACCUACCAUGCCGUCAAACCAUCAUGGAAAGUUAUGCUGCAAAAACGAUAUGGCCUGCAUGAUAAAGAAGCUCGAUUUAUUUGCUCAAUACACUUUCCCGAAUACUGUAUGUAUACGGUGGGGACACGAAAAUUAUUGUUUAAAGAUUCCGAACCAUCAUUGUAUCUUCCGGAGCCAACAAAAUCAUUAACAGAGGAAAAGAACCAACUGGUCCCAGCCGCCCCGACUUCCGUCAGCACGACAUUAUCAACUUCGCCCGAAAGUAAAAACACGGUGAUGGACAAGAUUCAAGCCUUAUUAGCCUCAAACCCAGAGUAUUUGGCCAAAGGUAUACCCAAUCACAUAUUAGAAGAAUUACAGCAGCAAAAGCGGCCGAAAAAGGAAGUUUCACCCCCUGCCACUGUUCUGAUAGAAAUUGCAGAUGAUAGUGACUGUGAAACAAUAAGUGUGGAUGAAUCGCCUGUCUUGUCCCCACCCCCAGAAAAUGUGGCUGAUUUUGAGGGGACAACAGUUUUGUGUCCCAGACAAGGAAGCGAAGCUGAAUGUAAAGAUUUUCCAGUUUUAUCACCAGCAGCCCAGGAAGAUGAAACCGAAUGUACGGAGGCUUCAGUGCUAUCCCACACACUCGAAGAAGAUGAAGCUGAUAACGAAAAAAUUCCGUUUGACGAGACCUAUGUGGAAUACAGGCCAAGAAAAUUCAAACUUGGCAAAAAGCACCCAAAUGCUGUGGUUGAAACUACCUCCUUAUCUGCUGUAGAGCUCUGUGAUAUUGACUAUGAACUUUCCAUACCCCUGGAAACAAUACAAAGCGGUCAAUUGAGUAAUUUACAAUUGGAGUCGAUAGCCUAUGUCUCACAAGCCCAUGACCAGUUUUUGCCCAACGAAAAUCGGGCGGGGUUUCUCUUGGGUGAUGGUGUUGGUGUGGGUAAAGGUCGUACAAUUGCUGGUCUCAUUUACGAAAACUACCUAAAGGGUCGCCACAAAGCCAUUUGGCUCUCGGUGUCAAAUAAUUUAAAAUAUGAUGCCGAAAGGGAUUUUAAGGACAUUGGAGCUACAGACAUUCAAAUUUAUCCUCUGACAAUGUUUAAAUGCGGACAAAAAGAUUCAGAAAUCAAUAAUAUCGAUAGAUGUGUUGUAUUCGGAACCUAUUCAGACUUGCUGUCGUCGGAUAAAUACAAAUCAAGACUCCAACAAUUGCUGCAAUGGUGUGGUCAAGACUUUGAGGGUCUCAUCAUAUUUGAUGAGUGUCGUGGUGGGUUUUCGGAAAAACUUACAAAGGCGCUGUUGGAACUGCAAAAUGAAUUGCCCAGGGCUAGGGUAGUAUAUUCUUCUUCAGUCUUAGGGGGUUUGGAAGCUAAAACUAUGAGCUAUAUGAUACGCUUGGGUGUUUGGGGCCAGGGCACAGAAUUUCCACGUUUUACAGAUUUCCUCAAAGCCAUGGACAGAAGAGGUCUGGGGGCCAUGAAAAUCAUGGCCAUGGAACUGAAGCGAAAAGGAAGAUACAUUGCCCGUCAACUGAGUUUCAAUGGGGUAUCCUUUAGAACCGAAGAAGUUCCUUUGUCCCAAGAGUUUACAAGGGUCUAUGAGGAAUCGUGUGGUUUGUGGUUUGAGGCCAGGCAAAAAUUCCAUGAAGCUUCACAGUUGUUGGCCAUUGAAAGUGCCCUAAAAACCUCAAUGUGGAACGAAUUUUGGUCUGCUCAUCAGAGAUACUUCAAAAGUCUGUAUUUGGCAAGCAAACUUCAGCAUGUGAUUCCCAUUGCCCGUGAGGCCAUUAGAAACGGAAAGUGUGUGGUAAUUACUCUACCCUCAAUGGCAGAGUCUGAUACCUCAAAACAAAUGGAUGGAGCAGACAAUGAGUUCCCCGAUUUUCCAUUGACAACCAAAGGUAUUUUCCAGUCUCUGGUGGAAAAGUAUUUUUCGGAAUCCGAACCACAAAGUUGUAAAUCUACAAUCGAGACACUCAUUGCCGAAUUAAAGGCAGAAAAUAGUCCAAGAAAUGAUAACUUUUCUUCCCUCUCCUCCGCCCCAUCCAAUAAACGUAAAUCAGUCACGCCAGAGGCAGUUAAAAAUAAAAAAUCUCGCAUGGAUUGUUGGGAAAUUAACUCAUCCGAUUACAAUGAGGCCGAUGAAGAUGGCAAUGAUAGUGUUUGUAAUAUGGAAUCGAAUAAUAAUUCAAAUGAAUGGCAAACCGAAUGUGAAUACUCAGACUCGGAUCUAAAUCUCUUUGAGGGAAAUGUUUCUGGAGCGGUAUCAGAUUCCUGGUUGGUACGAGCGAGCAAAAAGAAGAAGAAGAAAAAGAUGGCAAAGAAGUCGGCAGCAUCAGUAUCUGAGACGUCAAUGGCCAUGAAGCCAUGCAUUUCACCCCACUUAUCUCUGACCACGAAUCAAAAUAGUCAAUCUUCCACACAGAGUCAUUGCUUUAAUUUAUCAGAAACUCAGGAGAAAGACUCCAAUUCAAUACCCGACAAAAUACAAGAUCUCUUGCCAAAGAAACAGCAAGCCAUUGAAGCAACGAAAUAUGGUUCUUCACUUGAAGAUGUCAUAGAGAGAGUACGUUGUAUUAAGGAGGACCUAUUGCAAAAAAUAAAAUUACUGGAAGAACGUUUGCCCGUCAUCUGCCUGGAUCAGCUAAUUGAUGAGCUGGGCGGUCGUGAACAUGUGUCUGUAAUUACAGGAAGCAACGACCGCUGGCCACCAUUUAAAGAUGAUGUUAAUGAUGGAAACCCCAACCUUUCCUCCCUGAACAUCGAAGAAAGGCAACACUUUAUGGAUGGCAGCAAAAAUGUGGCCAUUAUUUCAGAGUCAGCAUUCCGCGGCAUGUCAUUGCAAAGUGAUCGUAGAGAAUCAAAUCAAAGAACCCGCGUCCACAUUCUUUUGGAUUUACCCCCCUCUGUGGACCGUACCAUACACAAUUUAGGUCCCACACAUCGUUCUAAUCAGGCAAAUCCUCCGGAAUAUAUAUUUCUUGUCUCCGACUUGGCCAGUGAAAAGCAUUUUGCCGAAACCAUGGCAAAACGUUUGGAAUCUCUGGGGGCAUUAAGACACAUUGAUCCCGAAAACAUUCCUGAUCCAUGUCACCUCCAUUUCAGUGUUGAUAACAAAUAUGGCCACCAGGCAUUGGAAUCUACAGUGCAAACCAUCAUGGGUUAUGAACAGGUUUUGGUGCCAUCGCCACAAAACCACGACUAUCAUGGUGAACUCUUCAGGGAUAUUGCCAAUGGCCUAAAGGGUGUGGGCCUUACUGGGCCACAACAAACCACACCGAAUCAACUGAGUCUGGACAAGCUUUUCAAUAGAAUAAUGGGUAUGCCAAUGGAUCUGCAAAAUCGUCUUUUUAAAUAUUUCUGCAAUACUCUAAAGGCAAACGUUAAGAAGGACCGUAGACAUUUUGAUUUGGGAAUUUUGUAUUUGGGUGCAUCUGGUGAAGAGGUUUCUCCUGUUAAAGUGCUACGUUUUAUGCGCAAAAAUGCCACAGGCAGGGAAACAACAGAACUGCAUACUGUUCGUGUAGAGAGGGGUAUGAUGUGGCGAGAGGCCACAGAGAAGUAUGCCGACUUAGUUGGUGACCGAGAUGGUUUCUAUCUGUCGCAUCAGGAGUAUAACUCUAGAAGGUCUGUCAUUUUGGCUGUUGAACUGGAAUCUCAAGCACAGCAUCAAAAAUUGCAAGGAAAAGAGGAAAAAGACAUGCUUUUUCAAAUAUAUCGACCAAAUACUGGUCGACAAUCAAACCCCUUAACAUGGGCUGAAAUUGAAAAGAAAUACAAAAGGGUUACCAUAUCGGAAGUUGAAAGUCAUUGGACCCAACAAUAUGAGGCAGCGGAGAAUAUUUGUUCGCAUCUCUAUUGGAAUGGUAAUUGUCGUAAUGAGAACAUACCGGAGGAGGGUGCAAAGUGUGAGAUUGGUCUACGCCAGCGUUUGUACCAAGUCAUGGCCGGGUCUGUGUGGCCGGUGUGGUCUCGGGUGGAACAAAUCCUGGCUGUACAUAAUGACUAUAGUCGGAUGCAAAUCGUUCAUAUACAAACAACAGAGGGUGAACAAAUUGUUGGUGUUCUUGUACCGGAGUCAUGUUGUCAACUUUUAAUUCAAGAUCUAAAGACCGAUGCGAAUCGAGUUGAAGAAAUAAACUUCUUGAAAUAAAA